AUGGCGCCUCCGGAAGAGCCAUCGUCUGAUGACGUCCAACUGUCCCAGCUUGAGGAGGGACUUACAAGACAACCUCCCAACCGCGAUAUUCUGUCCUCUGUCGGCGUCGAGGACAUCCAGACGCAAACCGCAGAGGCGGAAACAACUGGCCUCCUUGUGAACGCAGUUGAGCCAGCUAGAAGCUCUUCGAGCAUCCAGCAGCCGCUACCAAUGGCCUUGACUCUGCCGAAGAAUUUCGCUGCAGUCGUCCCCGGAAUCUACCGUAGUAGUUAUCCUCAGUCACAGGACUACGCCUACCUCCAGGGCCUGAAUCUCAAGACUAUCGUAACCUUGGUCCAGAAGGACCUGCCUGAGGGCUUCCAAGCUUUCAUGGACGGUAACGGCAUCAAACAUCGCAUGUUUGACAUGGCGGGUACCAAGAAGGCAACAAUUCCCUUAGGCUUGAUGCGGUCCAUUCUCGAAGUCGUCAUGGACGAGAGAAACCACCCUAUCCUCGUUCACUGCAAUCAUGGAAAGCACCGAACAGGCUGCGUCAUGGGCAUCCUGCGUAAAUUCAAUGGAUGGGAGACAUCUGCGGUGUUGGACGAGUAUCACCAGUAUGCCCAGCCGAAGGCACGCGAGACUGAUGUUCGAUACCUUACCGACUUUCAGCUCGCAGACCUUGGACACCUGGCCAAGAAAGAGGUAGCAAGUAUCGGAAUGGCCCCGUGGGUCAAUCACUACCUUUUCCUUUGUCUUAUCGCGGUGGUCUCGCUCGGCAUUUGGAUUCGGACAUUUUACGAAAUGAUGCCCUUCCCACGAGCGCCGACGAGGAAGUCAAGAAGCGAGUUUUAA